AAUAAAUCAUCUUCUAACGUUGCCAUUUGACACGUUUCCUGCUGGGCGUCAGAGUGCCCACAGAUCAGCCCCUCUUGUGCUGCGAUCACGAGGAAUAUGUACAAGCAUUCACCAGAGUGGUGUGCAUCCAUGCAUGCGAUGCAUGUGUGCAAGCUUGUGUGUGUGUGUAAGCUUGUGUGUGUGUGUGUGUGUGUGUGUGUGUGUGUGUGUGUGUGUGUGUAUGUGUGUGUGUGCAAGCUUGUGUGUGUGUUUGUGUGUUGUGUGUGUGUGUGUGUGUGUGUGUGUGUGUGUGUGUGUGUGUGUGUGUGUGUGUGUGUGUGCAAGCUUAUGUGUGUGUGUGUGUGUGUGUGUGUGUGUGUGUGUGUGUGUGUGUGUGUGUGUGUGUGUGUGUGUGUGUGUGUGUGUGUGAGUGUGUGUGUGUGUGUGUGUGUUGUACCCUGGUCAUGAGGUAGAUAAGUAUUUAAGCCAUGAUGUGUUAUGAGGCUGCCCCUUGCGGGGCUCAGACCCACAUAAAGAGGAUCAAUAUGUCCAGCCAGAGGUAGGGCCACAACCGCUUCUUUCACUGCUCAUGUUAAAAUGUUAGUUAUCAUUUCAUAUAAUAGGAUACGCUUAGUACUGAUUGUAAGAUACAGCUGCAUUGGGUGUACAGUUAUCCAGUUUAGACAUGUUGAAUGGUCUUUUGUCCCCAAAGAAAAACUAUUUUUUACAAUCUUGUUAGCAGAUGAAAGCAAUAAAUACUGUCUACACAGGACAGGAGAUAUUUAGCCAACGGCAACGUUUUAUUUGGUGAGCUGAUGCAAAGAAAUGGCUACUUAACCAUUAGAUUGUAUAUUUUAUUGACUGACACGAUUUCAUUGCAUUUACUCUGGCAGUUGUUCGACGUUUAUGUUGUUUAUGUUGUGUGUUUGUGUGUGUGUGUGUGUGUGUGUGUGUGUGUGUGUGUGUGUGUGUGUGUGUGUGUGUGUGUGUGUGUGUGUGUGUGUGUGUGUGUGUGUGUGUGUGUGUGUGUGUGUGUGUGUGUGCGCAUGCGUGUGCGUGUGAGUGUGUGUGUUGGUAGCGUGUGGAGUGCACAACUCCUGGUGGUGGGGGUAGUGUUGGUGGUGCUAUGCCCCCCCCUGUUGCAGGGCCAGUUCCCCCGGGAAUGCGCGAGCGUGGCGGGGCUGCAGAGCGGCCGCUGCUGCCCCUCUCCCGCGAGGCUGGCGGGGGACGAGUGCGGCUCUGGAGCGGGCAGGGGGCAGUGUGUGUCCAUCGCGGCCGACACCCGGCGCCACGGGCCCCAGUACCCCCACGAAGGGCGCGACGACCGGGAGCGCUGGCCGCUGAGGUUCUUCAACCAGACGUGCCAGUGCAUCGGGAACUUUAGCGGCCACAGCUGUGGCGGCUGCCGCCACGGGCUCACCGGGACCGGCUGCGACCAGAGAGUAUCAGUUGUGAGGAGGAACGUGAUGCAGCUGACUUCUGCUGAGAAGCAAGCCUUUGUGAGCGCCUUGGACCAGGCAAAGAGGACCGUGCACCCAGAGCUGGUCAUCAGCACAAGACGGUACCCAGAGGUGUUGGGGCCCGACGGCAACCAGCCCCAGUUUGAGAACAUCUCCAUCUACAACUACUUUGUGUGGAGCCACUAUUACUCAGCCAGCAAGACGUACCUGGGGCCCGGGGAGGCCAGCUUCGGAGGGGUUGACUUCUCCCACGAGGGACCCGGCUUCCUCACCUGGCACCGCUUCCACCUGCUGCAGCUGGAGAGAGACAUGCAGGCCAUGCUGGGGGACCCCAGCUUCGCUCUGCCCUAUUGGAACUUUGCCACCGGGGGCAGCGUGUGUGACGUCUGCACCGACGAGCUACUGGGGGCGCGGAGCCGCUCCGACCGCGGGGCCCUGAGCCCCAACUCAGUGUUCUCCCGCUGGAGGGUGGUCUGCGAGGGCCUGGACGACUACGAGACGCUGGGGACCGUCUGCAACAGCACAGAGGGCAACCCUAUAAGGAGGAACCCUGCGGGGAACACAGCCCGGCCCAUGGUCCAGCGACUACCAAAGCCCCAGGACGUAGUGGACUGCCUGGAGCUAAACACCUUUGACACCCCUCCGUACUACUCCACCUCCUCCGGGAGCUUCAGGAACACCCUCGAAGGCUACAGUGCCCCCAAGGGGAUGUACGACCCGGCGGUCCGCAGCCUCCACAACCUGGCCCACCUGUUCCUGAACGGCACGGGGGGACAGACGCACCUGUCCCCCAAUGACCCCGUCUUUGUCCUGCUCCACACCUUCACCGACGCCAUCUUCGACGAGUGGCUCCGGAGACACAGUCAUGGUGUGCUGGUGUAUCCUGAGGAGGACGCGCCCAUCGGUCACAACAGCAGGUUCAACAUGGUGCCGUUCUGGCCUCCCGUCACCAACCUCCAGAUGUUCGUCUCCGCCCCAGAAAGCCUGGGGUACUCCUACGAAGUGGAGUGGCCGACCCGUGCCUACUCGCUGUACGACAUCCUCACCAUAGCAAUUGUUGUCGGGGUGCUAGUCGUGAUGGGGGUGUGCGGCGUGGUGGCGUGCGCCUCCCGUGCCCGCUCCUACCACUCGCAGGAGGUCCUGGUGCCUCUGCUGGGGGCCGCCUCCCACCGCUACUCAGAGGACCAGCGCAGGACCGAGAAGCCAGGCGUCUAGACUCCCAUCGCCUCCACAGACAUUGACUCUUUAUGUUCAUCAGUCGUCUUGCCUAACAUAGUUCCAUAUGUCUGGAUCAGGUGAGAUGGGUCCUCAUGGCGAAUGUCGCCUGCUGUGAAGGGCUGCAAUAUCUGUGGCCUCAAAGAACCUCUAUUUUAUAUAUUUUUUUAUUUGGAAUGUGGAUUUGUGUGUUGUUUAAUUUUGUCGUAAUGUUAAGUUUUGGUUUACGAUUAGUUAGGGGGAGUCUUCUAUAGGAGAUUAUUGAGUGAGAUUUGCAUUGAACGACUUUCUCUUGAGUUGGAAAGACACACAGCUCUCUCGUCAUUGAACUUUUGACGACAGCCCUGGUGACACCAGAUGAGCCUAGUGCUGGGAUCAGGAAACGUUCGUUGGCGGGGCCAGCAAAGUAGCUUUGUAUCCAACAAAGAAAUGUAUGCAAUAUUCUGUUCAGAAUUAAAGUACCUAGUAUCUAUUUUCUGCCUUGUUGUCAGCCAUACGCAAUCUCCUCCUACCCUUCCGAGGGGACCCACCUGUGGCAUAUUAUAACUGUGCUAUUGUUUGUGCUUGACUUUCUUUAACUCCACAUUUAUCAGAACAGAAAUACCCCAGGCAUUACUGACCAUGUGCCAUCAUGUGAUGCUAUGGCUGCAUGCAUCCACAACUUUGAUAACUUCAAGUUCAACUAUUGGCAAGACGCGCUUGGAUCGUACGCUUACUCACCAAAACCACUCUUGUUUUUAGAUUAUGUUUUAUGCAGUUAGAUUCAUAACUAUGUUAACUAUGCUUUCAGAUAGUUUUCUAGCUACUUUCUAUUAUAGCCACAAACUUCCUGAAGCAACUUGGAGGAAGUUUGUGCUUUAGUAUUAGGGUCGUGUGUAGUGAACUUAGUCCUGCCUCCAUGGAGUGCCCUGAUCAUGAAUAAGUCUGUUUGUAAUUAAUGUUGAUAAACUCACCAAUGCUGCACCUGUAUGGGCACAGCUUGGGUCAUUUCUAUUGUAUUGGCAAGCCUUUUGCUCAGAAAGUGGAGAGUGAGAGAUUGAAAGAAGAUGGAAAGAACUGAGAUUGAGAUGUUAACUUCUCUGUCUAUAUGUUGAAACCACAAGAAAUAGGGGGGGGGGGGGGCAAUAGAAGGACCUCUACUUCCUCCAAGAGGUCCCCUGAGAGAUUCUUGGUGGUAGAGCAGACAGGGUAAAAUACAGAAACAGCCAUGACAUUCUAAAGAAGGAAUUAUGUGUGCAAAAGGAUAGAGAGAAAAUUUAGAAUGAGGAGACUUGCAAACCCAGUGUGUGAGUGAAGGAGCAGGCUGAUGAGAGGGCUGCAGGGGUGGAAGGGCUGUCUGCUGGGAUCCAAGUCCAACAGAGAGCAGGGAAGCUCAGGGAUCGGAAGGAGGCGUAGCGAGACAUGAACUCAGUGCUGUGGAUAGCCGACACCUAGCACAAGAUGCUGGGUGCGUGUGUGGAGCGGGAGGGUUUGAGCAAAGUUAGUGAUGCCGCGGGUAUGUGGUAUAAAGAAUGUUGGAGAAGACUGAAGUACAGGAAUGGUAAGUAUACACGUAUCAAAUGAGAAAAUUAAGGAUAAUCCCAACCAGAUUGUUACACAAAGACUCCAACAAAAGACUUCUUUGUCUUUGUCGGAUUGCCUUUUAAAUGACUCAAUUAUGUAUAGCUAAAACCAAUGCGUGAAAAUGGGAGAUUGAGAGAAAAAAGCUCUCUUGAAUAAUGAAAACUGCAAGUACCUGCAGCUUUCCCACAAAUCCCCCCCCACACACACACACACACACACACACACACACACACACACACACACACACACACACACACACACACACACACACACACACACACACACACACACACACACACACACACACACACACACACACAACAAAGCAGGACCCAAA